AUGUCGGGCCGCUCGGUGCCACAUGCCCACCCGGCCACCACCGAGUACGAAUUUGCCAACCCCAGCCGCCUGGGCGAGCAGCGCUUCGGAGAAGGCCUCCUGCCAGAAGAGAUCCUGACCCCCACCCUCUACCACGGCUACUAUGUCCGGCCCCGGGCCACCGGAGCUGGGGAGGGCAGCAGGGCAGGGGCCUCUGAGCUUAGGCUCAGUGAGGGCAAGUUUCAGGCGUUUCUGGAUGUGAGCCACUUUACCCCAGAUGAGGUGACCGUGAGGACUGUGGACAACCUGCUGGAGGUGUCUGCCCGGCACCCCCAGCGUCUGGACCGCCACGGCUUCGUGUCUCGAGAGUUCUGCCGCACCUAUGUCUUGCCUGCCGAUGUGGACCCCUGGCGGGUCCGCGCCGCUCUCUCCCAUGAUGGCAUCCUUAACCUGGAGGCCCCUCGGGGUGGCCGACACUUGGACACAGAGGUCAAUGAGGUCUACAUCUCCCUGCUCCCUGCACCUCCUGAUCCCGAGGAAGAGGAGGAGGCAACCGGAGUUGCGGCCUGAGUGCCAUGGAGCCAGCAUGCGGCGAACCCCUUUCUACCUCCCACGGUGAUAUGAGCAGCUGCCCACCACCCCAGAGGUAGCAGCAUCCUUGGGGGAAGGGAAAAGUGCAUGGCCCACAAUGUAUGGUUUGGUCCCUUGAGACGUGUCAUAGCCUUUGGUUUAGUUCUGG